AUGGGUAUCUCAAGCCACCACCCAGGGCAUUCGACUCGACUGCUUUCUACUCUGGUUUUUUGCCUCAUAGCCACUAGUGUGGCUGCCACUUACGAGCCUUAUGUUUAUGCUUCUCCACCGCCACCGCAUCAUAAACACUUACCACCAUUGCCACCAAAGCAUGGAGGUCACCCACCGUAUUUCUACAAGUCGCCUCCUCCCCCACCACCUUCUCCAUCACCGCCUCCUCCUUAUGUCUAUAAAUCACCCCCACCGCCAUCACCAUCACCCCCACCUCCAGUCACCUCCUCCUCCUUCACCAUCUCCUCCCCCACCAUACAUUUACAACUCACCUCCCCACCAUCACCAUCGCCAUCGCCACCUCCUCCUUAUGUUUACAAAUCACCACCACCACCUUCUCCAUCACCCCCUCCUCCUUACAUUUACAAGUCCCCUCCUCCACCAUCUCCAUCACCACCUCCUCCAUAUGUUUAUAAGUCACCUCCACCUCCCUCACCAUCACCUCCUCCACCCUACGUCUAUAAAUCUCCACCACCACCUUCACCGUCUCCUCCACCUCCUUAUAUUUAUAAAUCACCUCCACCUCCCUCACCAUCACCUCCUCCACCCUACGUCUAUAAAUCUCCACCACCACCCUCACCAUCUCCACCACCUCCUUAUAUUUACAAAUCGCCACCCCCUCCAUCACCAUCACCUCCUCCUCCUCCAUAUGUAUAUAACUCUCCACCACCUCCCUCACCAUCUCCUCCACCUCCUUAUAUUUACAAAUCACCACCACCACCAUCUCCAUCACCUCCUCCUCCAUAUGUCUACAAGUCGCCACCACCACCAUCACCAUCACCUCCUCCUCCAUAUGUCUAUAAAUCUCCACCACCUCCCUCACCGUCUCCUCCACCUCCUUACAUUUACAAAUCGCCACCACCUCCCUCACCAUCACCUCCUCCCCCUUAUGUCUAUAAAUCUCCACCACCACCAUCACCUUCUCCUCCACCUCCUUACAUCUAUAAAUCACCACCACCACCAUCUCCAUCACCUCCACCUCCAUAUGUUUACAAGUCACCACCACCUCCAUCACCAUCACCUCCACCUCCGUACAUGCACAAAUCACCAUCACCCCCAUCUCGAUUCCCACAUCCUCCAUACUACUACAAGGCUCCUCCACCUCCAACCCAUUGGCAACAUCCUCCAUACUUCCAUAAGUCACCAUAUCCACCUUCCAAUUCUCCCCCCGCAUCUCACUGGCCAUUUCCACCGUACCUCCGUAAAUCACCUCCUCCACCAUCCAAGUCUUCCCCAGUCCCAUAUUAUUACAAAUCACCACCACCACCAAAGGGCUAUUAAAUUUCAAUCAAACCCCUGAAUCAAUUUGAAUUGUUACACGAAUAAUCACUUUCCAGCUUGGAUUUUAUUUAUGGUUUAUUCAGCAUUUUAAUUUUUUGUUUGUUGUUUUUAUUGAACAAGAUCAGUCCUUAUGUGCGCGCAAUAAGGGCCUGAAGCGAUAUCCUUUGUGAUCCAUAUAUAAGCAUGAAGAACCAGUGCAAUUUUCUUCCAUUAUAAGCAACAUUGUAAGCGCGCGCGGAAUGUGGUCAAGUCCUGAAAGGAUCAAUUCUAUAUAAUGUAUCGAUCUCAUUGCUAUUUUGCAUGCAUCACUAAGUCUAAUUAUUCCUUAUAUUGUUGUUA